AUGUCAGAUAAUGUUGCUGUUGGAGACACAAUUGUGAUCGAGAUUGUAGUGCUGUCGUGGAGAAUUGUAAUUCCUGCUAAACUGUGCUGGACAACUAUUAUGAUGAAAACUACUGUGGAAGUUGCUGUCCCAAAAGAAGCGAUGUCUGAUGGGGAGACAGGCGUGAAGGAUGGUCCUGCAGAAGACCGCACACACCCUGCAGUGAAGUGGUGGCGCAUCCGUCCGACGGUGGAGCCGCUUGUCCUGCUGUUCAUGUUCUCCUACGUCGUGACUCAGUGGGUGGCCAGCGGGCUCUUCCUGGAGCGAGUAUGCGGUUCCAGAGACCCCAACAUGUGCACCAACGAGGACCGCACCUACUCCAGCACGCUGCUCACCUGGAAGGCUAUCAUCGAAGGAAUCGUGCCCGCCACUGUGUCGCUUUUCAUCGGCAGUUGGAGCGACAAGUUCGACCGGCGGCCCAUCUUUCUCUGGUCCUUUGCUGAUCUAGCGCCAGAGUGGCUGCUGCUGCCGUCUAUAGUGACCACCUUCAGCGGCGGCAUGAUGAACCUCAUGGCUGUUGCCAACAUCUACAUAGCUGACAUUAGCCCUGAGGGGCAGAAGGAGCUCAGACUAGGACUGCUGGACGUGUCGCAGUAUUUGGCUGUGAUGCUGGGGUCAGGGCUGUCCACGCCGCUGUUCCUGAGCCUCAACUACGAAGGCGUGUACCAACUGGCUGCCGGCCUCAUGGUGCUGUGUCUGCUGUACUCCAUCUUCCUGCUGCCAGAGACCACUGCGCGCUACACACCACCACAAGACGGGAGCUGCAGCUGCUGCAAGGGGAUCUUCCACCCCCAGCUGGUGCGCGACGCUCUCAAGACAUCCCUGAUGAAGCGGCCACACCACGGACGCACAGCCAUCCUAACCGUCAUCUUCGUGGCCGUCACUAGCGUCCUUAUCUCCCAAGGAGAAGGUGUUGUCUACUACCAGUUCGUGAACGCCAAGUUCCAGUGGACGAUGGAGGACAACCUGCUGUUCAGAUUCUUCAGCAAUGGCACCACUGCUGCAGGAACCUUGGUGGGCGUCAUGGUGUUCGUGCGGUGGCUCAAGUUGGGCGACGGCUGGAUAGCCUUCAUCACUUUCUCCUGCAAGAUCUCUGCAGCCGUAAUCCACGCCAUAUCACCGGAGUCGUGGUACAUGUUUCUGGGCGGAGCUAUCGGCUGCUUCGGAGCCUUGAUCUGGGUUAUGGUAAGGGCGAUGCUGACUAGGCUGGUUGCCAAGGACGAGAUAGGCCAGGUGUUCGCGCUGGCGGUGACGCUGGAGUCGCUGUGUCCACUGGUGGGACCUCCCGUCUACAGCGCCGUCUUCAAGGCGACCAUCGAGUCCUUCCCUGGCGCCUUCCACUUGCUCUCCGCCGCGAUCAUGGCGCUCGACCUCACGCUGCUCCUAAUUGCGAUUUUCCUGAACCGAGGUGCGAGGAAGGAGCGGCAGCAGCAGCAGAAACAGCAAGAUGAAGGCUCUCCGCUUCUCGCCUGA